GCAGUCAACAUUUUCAACUCAAACGGAACGCACGCUCGAACAUCGUCGAAGAUCUUUGUCAGAACGUUUUAAAAAAUACAAACAAACGAAAACCACAAUUAAGUUAAUAAUAUUAACCGAAUAAGCGCAGUAGAAACAAAGUCUUCCAAAAAGCGGAACGAUUCCACUGAGAGGAACAAGGUGAAAAUUGCAAUUUCAGUGAGUGCAGUCUGUCAGUUCUUCAGUCUGCCAAUUUGUCAGUUCGUCAGUUCGUCAGCUCGUCAGCUCGUCAGCUCGUCAGUGUGUGUGGUGGCAGUGUGUUAGUGAGUGUGAACUCUGUGGUAAAGGUCAAAACUCAUUUGAAAAUGUCGAGCGGCAACCAAGAAGCAAUGUCAACAAAAGCAGCUGUCAACUCGGUGGACGUGGACGUGGACGUGGACGAGGACAAGGCCUCCACAAUGCAUAUGCAUCCAACAUCCUCAUCAGCAUCCUCAUCGGGAUCGAUUGCGUCCAGCGCCCAUGUGAAAGCCCUGGCCAUCCUGGUGGCCAUCGUCUUGUGCAGCGGCAGCUUGGGACUCGCCGACGGGCUCAAGUGCCACAUGUGCGGCCAGUACAACGAGGGCGUGGGCUCCAUCACGCCCUGCACCAACUACACCAAGGACAUCGCCCAUCUCUACCUGAAGGAGUGCACCAAGAAGAGCGAGAAGUUCUGCGUGUUUUAG